AUGUUUCAAUUACUGAAAGGACAGCCAAAACUCGUCCAAGAGCUGAUACAGACGCUGCCAUACAGCGCCCGACCAUUGAAAGUGAACGGACAAUGGAGGCCACCAAAAUUGAGAAGAAGACAAGUUAAAGCAUUAUAUGAAGCAGCGUGUUUACAUAAAAUUGAUUUCCCUGUAGAACAUAAAGUUUUCUUUGAAAAGGAGCUGGAUACGGAAAAGAAGAAGCACGGAUUCAUAAAACCACAACGUUUGAAAUCGGAGGUUGCUGACUUUUCAGAAAGAAUUGAUAAAAUCAACAAGGCGUUGGCUCAACAAACACCCAAGAUUGAAAAGCAUAGAGAAGAAGAACGUGAUAAAAGAUACAAGGACUGGUAUGACCUCGGAUUGUUCGGUAAAGUAUCGACCGACGACCCAAAGAACAAGUAUAUGGUGGAUAAAAUCCUCAAGGACCAGAAGAAUGCAAGCAAGAAGAAGAAAUAA